CCCGGUCCCUUCCCCUCCCCUUCUCCCUCCUCCUCCUCCUCCUCCUCCUCCUCCUCCAGCUCAGGUUGCAGCUCCUCUGGGGAGCCGCUCACCUUUCCGGAGUGGGGGAAGCAGCCCGAGCCGGCAGGGACCCCAGCAGGGCGCAGGGCGCGCGCCCAGCCCCGCCGCCCCUGGCCGUCGCGGUGCCCCCAGGACACGCGCGGACCCCGCCACCUGGCCCCUCCCGACCAUGAACAAGAUGAAGAACUUUAAGCGCCGCUUUUCCCUGUCAGUGCCCCGCACUGAGACCAUCGAGGAGUCCUUGGCUGAGUUCACAGAGCAGCUGAACCAGCUCCACAACCGGCGCAAUGAGGACCUGCAGCUCGGUCCUCUUGGCAGAGACCUCCAGCCAGCAUCCAGCACCUUCUCCCCCACAGACAGUGGGGAGGACCCCGGGCAGCCGUCCCCUGGCAUGCGGUACCGACGCCAGAGCCAGCGCCGCUUCUCCAUGGAGGACAUCAGUAAGAGGCUCUCCCUGCCCAUGGACAUCCGUCUGCCCCAGGAAUUCCUGCAGAAGCUACAGCUGGAGAGCCCAGACCUGCCCAAACCACUUAGCCGCAUGUCCCGCCGCGCCUCCCUGUCAGACAUCGGCUUUGGGAAAUUGGAAACGUAUGUGAAACUGGACAAACUGGGGGAGGGCACCUAUGCCACAGUCUUCAAAGGGCGCAGCAAACUGACGGAGAACCUCGUGGCCCUGAAGGAGAUCCGGCUGGAGCACGAGGAGGGGGCGCCCUGCACUGCCAUCCGAGAGGUGUCUCUGCUGAAGAACCUGAAGCAUGCCAAUAUAGUGACCCUGCACGACCUCAUCCAUACAGAGCGGUCCCUCACCCUGGUGUUUGAGUACCUGGACAGUGACCUGAAGCAGUAUCUGGACCACUGUGGAAACCUCAUGAGCAUGCACAACGUCAAGAUUUUCAUGUUCCAGCUGCUCAGGGGCCUGGCCUACUGCCACCGCCGCAAAAUCCUGCACCGAGACCUGAAACCCCAGAACCUGCUCAUCAACGAGCGGGGGGAGCUGAAGCUGGCCGACUUUGGGCUGGCCCGGGCCAAGUCGGUGCCCACAAAGACCUACUCCAAUGAGGUGGUGACCCUGUGGUAUAGGCCCCCCGAUGUGCUGCUGGGGUCCACAGAGUACUCUACCCCCAUCGAUAUGUGGGGCGUGGGCUGCAUCCACUACGAGAUGGCCACAGGGAGGCCUCUCUUCCCCGGCUCCACGGUCAAGGAGGAGCUGCACCUCAUCUUCCGACUCCUCGGGACCCCUACAGAAGAGACGUGGCCUGGUGUGACGGCCCUGUCCGAGUUCCGAGCCUACAACUUCCCCCGGUACCUCCCCCAGCCGCUCAUCAGCCACGCUCCCAGGUUGGACACCGAAGGCAUCAACCUCCUGACCAGCCUCCUCCUGUGCGAAUCCAAGAGGCGCCUGUCGGCAGAGGCGGCCCUGAGCCACCCCUACUUCCGGUCUCUGGGGGAGCGCGUGCACCAGCUCGAAGACAGAGAUCCAGCUUCAGAAGGACCCAGGCUACCGGGGCCUGGCCUUUCAGCAGCCAGGACGAGGGAAGAGCCGGCGACAGAGCAUCUUCUGAGCUGUGCCCACCCUGCUGCAGCCCAAGGGACGAGAGGUCACACUGAGCACAACUGGGGGCAGGCUGGGGCCUGUGUGGCCCUCGGAGGACUGAGGAGCGGGGGUCUAACGGCCGGCCCAGAAGACCUCUCGGCAGCACUGCUGGCCACGGCUGUUUCCUCUCGCUGCCUCCUACGUGCCUCCCCAGCGGCCUUGGCCUGGACACCAAGCCUUCUGUCACCUGCCCAGGGCCUGGGCAUGAGCUGCUUCCCUGGGAGGAGAGGAGGGCACAGGGAGGAACCUCAGACGCUUUCCCACCCUGAAGUGCUCGGGCCCCGGCGUGGGACCCACAGGAGAAUCCUGGUGCCCUGGACAGGGGCCCCACCUGGCCUCUCCCAGGGCCUGCCUGCCUGCCUCACCCGUUUGGUAGAGCCCCUUACAGACCCCUUGGAGCCCACACAUCUUUUACUUCUUUCCUGUCUGAGAGCAGGAAGUGACAUGGCAUCUUGUCUGGGACCCUGGAAUCCAGGUGCCAACGUGUGUGCCAAAGCCCACCCCCCCCACCUGAGAGGAGGGUGUCUCCGGAGCGGCAGUGGGAAUGAUAGCCUGUCCCCUCUUCUCAUCACCCCACCCUGUUCCCAUUCCCCACUCCUUGCCAGAGGCCCCAUAGGCCGCUGGAUGCCCAGCUGAGUCCAGAGGUGGCCUGGUACUGCCAGCUGCACUCCUGCCACCUCAGCCGGCCCUGCCCGUCUCCCCAGGCUGAAUGGGAUUGCCUUAAGUUGGCAGGUGGUAGAGUACUCACUGCCCUUGGAGCUCUGAGCCAGGCUCCUGCCUGUCCACCCUCUCCCGAGAGUACCUCCUGCUUAUCAGACUGAGCGCUGGUAAGCCAGUCCCAGGACAGGGUCCCGGGGACGGCACCCAGAUAUGCAGGGUCACCCUGACACUGGUGCCAGGCCAGCCUCGGCUCCUUGGGGCUGGCACAGGCUCCCACGUCCCCUCCUUCUCAGCCCCUGUGGCCCUAUCUUUGCUCCACGCGACCCUGGCACCAGCCUCCCCCUGCCCCUGGCCUCCCCGGAGGGUGGUCACAAGAGGGAGGGUGUAAAUGCCACUGUCUGAGGUGGAAGAAGGUGGGACGGGACAGGGCAGGCUUUGAUUCUGAGAGCCCUGCCCCAGGGGGCUGAGACGAUGAGGGGCCACGGCCCCUGAAGAAGGCACCCCUCAACACCCCUGCAGAGCACCCCCGUUGUAUUGCCGAGGUCUCUGCAACACUUGGCUGAGUUUUGAACGACAAGGCCAAGGGGAGGCUGAGCCCAUCCUUCCUGCACAAGCCCCCUGCAGGCCAACCCCCUCAGCCUGAGGAGCAGCCCUGAGGGUCUUGGCCCCCACAAAUCCCUCCACUCCUCCCCCACUGUACUGUGAAUGUCCCAUGACUCAGCACAAAGACAGAUAAUAUAUUUAAUUCAUGUUGUACAGAAAGAGCAAGUGGUCUUGUGCAGAAAAGCUGGUUUUGACAGAUUGAUGCCAGAGAGGGAGGACGAAGGCCCUGCUCCGGGCCUCG